AUGAUUUCGUACGUUGAGUGUCUUGGCGGGGAGGGGGCGGGGCCUGGCGUUGGGUCCCGUUGCUGGAAUGGCGUUCCUGACGAAGACUUGGACGAGCUGCUUCCUCGCCAAAUAGCCGCCCUGCAGCCUAAAACGGAGGGCAGCCUUCGUCGGCGUCUUCUCAGCGCCAAAAUCCACCAGCAACACGCCGCCAUUUUGGGGCAGAACGCCACCGAGGCUCAUGGGAAUCGUUUCCUCGCCGCGGAGGCUCAUGGGAAUCGUUUCCUCGCCGCCGAGGCUCAUGGGAAUCGUUAUCCGAUACAGGGUACUCACGGGAAUCCUUUUCUUGCCGCUGAGGCUCAUGGGAAUCGUUUCCUCGCCACUGAGACACACGGUAACCGUUUCCUCGCCACUGAGACACACGGUAACCGUUUCCUCGCCACCGGGCCUCAGGAGAAUCGUUUCCUCGCCACCGAGGCUCAUGGGAAACCCAACCUGCACUCGGCGCUGUCCCAGCGCGGCCGGACAGGCUCGUGCCCCCCGACUCCAGAGCCGCGCCCAGGCUACACGCUGCCCGCCGGCCCGCCGUUCGGCGCCCAGUCGCCGUUCGUGGAGCCGGAGGUGGUGCCGCCGCAGUACCGGUACCGGCCCAGCAGGGGGCGCCAGAACUUCUUCUUCUGCUGCUUCGGACGCCGAAGGGGGAGGAGCUACGGGCCCGAGGCUGCUCAGACCACGCCCCUUCUGCACACAGCAGGGGAAAGGGACAGUAAGUGGUCUGUUCACUACAAUACCCAGAAGCCCCAGCAGCGUCUGCUCUUCUUCUCUGGAAAGAAACACUCCGGCAGUUCCGAUGAUCUGCGAGGUCAGAGGUCAACAGAUAACAGCGUGUCAGCAUGUAACGGGCUGACUCAGCAUGGCUACAGCCCACCAACCACCGCCCCCCACCCCCCUUUCUCUUUUGGCCUCGACCAAUCAGAAGGCAGCACAGCACGCAGAGGGUGGAAGGACAAAAGCAGGAGGAUGUCCUCAGCGUUCUCUGACGACGAAGAAAGGUUCAUCUUAAACAACAGGCGACCUCUGACCCCACCCAUGCUCAACCCCGCCCACCGCUCGUCCUGUUGGGACGUCUUCGCCUCGGCCUACGAGCUGGCGGAGGCCACGGAGGCGGAGACGGAGGCGGAGACGGAGACGGAGAAGACCACUCGGCUUCCAACGCCAGAGGAGAAGAUGAGGAAGCAGGCUGAGGCAGUCGCAGCCGAUAUCGUCCCGAUUAACAUCACAGGCGAGAGUUUUGAUCGUCAGGCAAGUUUCCGAAAAGUGGUUUCCAACACCGACUCGUUAUCCCGACAAACCCGUAACCUGAGCCGCUGCCAGACGCUCGCUGGAAUACCGUAUGAUGUCAGCGAGAAGCUGGACUCGCCCACGGGUUCUCUCGGUUCUCCAGGUUCUGCGGUUCUCACCGGCGCCGGUCGGCCAGCAGAGGAGAACCCAACGCCACCAGCGCCGGCGGCAGAAAGGGGCGGAGCCAGAGAGGAGGGCAAGUCGUCCGUAAGGAGGAUCCGAGCCCCUAGAGGAGGCGGGAUGUGCAGCCUCAUGGCCUCCCUCACCUCCGCCCCCCCCACUGACCCUCCCCCCCUCCCUCUCCUCCCCCGCCCCGAAACCAACUCCUCUCUGGACUCCUGCGGGACGCUCAGCGCCUCCUCCUCUUGUUGCCAGGGUUUCCACGGAGACCUCCAGCCUCUGCUGCCCUCUGACCUCGCCGUCUCUCCGUCUCCUUCCUCCUCGUUUCCUUCCCUCCUCGUCUCCUCGUCCUCAUACCUUUCCUCUUCCUCCAUCGCAGACUCCCAGCUCAGCUUCCAGACUCUGCAGAGCUGCGACAGCGGCGACACGUGGAACUACGAACCCCUCUCCCCGAGCGGCAGCGGCGACCACGGCGUCCACGGCGACUGGAGCUGCAUCGCCACGGAGACGAGAAGUGUUUCCAGGGAAAGUGUAAACUCAUCUGGUGGCUCCACGCCAUUCCACGCCGACACAAGCUCCCUGUGCUCAGAGUUCUCAGCGUUUUCAAACUCCUCUCUCAGAAAGCACAGCACUUCUUCUUCUUCGGCGUCCACGACGUCGGACUCUCGCGGCAUCGGAGCAGCGCGAAGCAUCUCGCUCCGGAAGUCCACGCGCCCGCCGCCACCGCCGAAGCGAUCCGUUUCUCUGACGCAACGUCCAUCUCGCAGCAAGCGGUCUGCGCAGACUUUCCACGACCCCUGGGUGCCCCGGAGAAACAGCCAGAGUGACUUUAUCUGCAACGCGGGCGCGUUUUUUGAGCCUUUGCGCCCGGACUACCACACGGAAACUUGUGCUCUUUCUUCGCCGAAUGGUGGCCGCUCAAACAUCUCGGAGAGAGAAACAUCCGUUUCUCCCGUGGCUGCGAGUCAGCGCCUCGCUUCGCCCUCAGUGCAAAGACACCAGAGUGACAACGUGGACAACCACACGGAAACUUUUGCCCUUUCCUCUGAGCACUUACCGCCAAACGUCUCGAAGGACCAACAGCUGAGAUUGAAUCUAAAUCUUGAGCGUUUACACUCGGACUACCACACGGAAACUUCUGCUCUUUCUUCGGAGCAGCAAGCGCCAAACGGCGGCCUCUCAAACGUCUCGGAGAGAGAAACAUCCAUCUCUUCCGCGGCUGCGAGUCAGCGCCUCGCUUUGCCCUCCGUCCAGAGUGACUCGGUCCUUUCCUCUGAGCUCUUAGCGCCAAUCGCUAGCCACUCAAAGCGGCUACUCCAGCCAGUCCAACACGCCCGCGCACGGCACCCCGUGUCCUCCCCUCCUCCCCUCUAG